AUGGGCAUCCUGGACGCGGUGUCGGACAUGUGCGCGUGCCCGACGGUGCGCACGCGGCGGCACAUCAAGAAGCGGCCGCAGCUGGAGACGGUGGAGAUGAAGGUGCGGAUCGACUGCGAGGGCUGCGAGCGCCACAUCCGCAAGGCCGUCGAUGGCAUCCGCGGGGUCACCGGCGUCGAGGUGCUCCCCAAGCAGAACAAGGUGGCCGUCACCGGGCACAUCGACGACCCGGCCAAGCUGAUGCGGCGGGUGGCGCGCAAGACCGGCAAGAAGGUGGAGCCGUGGCCGUACGUGCCCUACGACGUGGUGCCGCACCCCUACGCCCCCGGCGCCUACGACAAGAAGGCGCCUCCCGGCUACGUCCGGAACGUCAUCGCCGACCCCGACGCCGCGCCGCUCGCCAGGGCCUCCUCCACCGAGGUCAAGUACACCUCCGCCUUCUCCGACGAGAACCCCAACGCGGCAUGCGCCGUCAUGUAG